GCGUAUAUGGAUGUGGCUCAGCUAGCAGCCGUGCAGUUUUCGCAGGGGAAUGGAUCAAAGUUCGGGAAUGAUUUUAAUCAAAGGCCUACCCCGCGGACUUCAAAAAUGUUGUACAAUUCUAUUGGUAUUUAUGUACUCUUUUCUCCUUCUUUUCUUGGUUCUUGCUGAACGGUAUGCCGUAACAACAACGUGCUGCUUGGAUUGGAUUGAAUCAUCAUACAUGCAAACUUUGGGUUUGGGUUUUUCGUGUGGAAAUUCAUCUCAAUGCUGUCAUUGACAACAACCUGAACGACGUCGCCAAUAUCAACCCCGGAAUCGCUCUUACGUGCGCAGUGCAUAGUUAAGGCGGUCUCGGAUAGAGAGUGAAGCACGCCCGUGGACAAUUACUUUGAAUGCUGCAAAACCACAUCUUCACCAAUGCGUGGCGUACAGCGUCCGGCAGAUGACCAAUAGCAUCGGAGGUGGAAUGUGUAGCGUUGCGCAUUGAGGAGCAGUACGGCAGAUGUAACCACGCUCAAUACCGAUUCGGAGCUGCUGCAGGAGACGAAGAUACACGUGCGGGUGCUGGUGCGCGUUGCAGACCGUUGGAUGCUGUAAGCCGGGCCGGGUGGACGGUAUAUGUUGGAGGAGGCCGGCGGAGGCGUAGGAUCGGGAGGAAUCGCUAGACGUCCCAUAACACACCUACCCAUACACACACACGAAAGUACACUUACGCACAAGGCUAGUCAGGCCGGCAAAUCUCACACGACAACGAUCGGCGCCUGCACUCGAGGCUCCCAGCCCGACAAGCCACUUCGAAGCCAGUAGUUGCGCUUGCGUGCGUGGCGAGCGGCUGCGAAGCGCACGAAGCGUAGCGGUGGUGUGGUAGUGCACUGCCACAGCAGCAGUACCUUCCCGUGAGGGCUACUGCUAGUACACAGGGGCCUUAUCCCUGUCACUUUUCUUGUUUUCCCGGUUCCAAAGCGGCAUAGAAAAUAAACUUUAAUCUGACUCUCGGUUGGUUCGGUGGCACCUCGGAAAUGUCCGACACUGGUAGUGGACACGACGGAGGCGCCCAAAAGGACUAUUCACAGAAGAUGGACGGCGGUGGCGGUGUGCUGGGUGGCGGCGGCAGCGGCGACUUCGAUUCCGGCCAGCAAAGCCAACAGACCGAGCAGGAGCUGGCCACGAAGAUGCUGCAGAUCCAGUCGAAGCGCUUCUACCUGGACGUGAAGCAGAACCGGCGCGGCCGGUUCAUCAAGGUGGCGGAAAUCGGUGCGGAUGGGCGGCGCAGCCAGAUCUUUCUGGCGCUGUCGACCGCGGCCGAGUUCCGGGACCAUCUGUCGACGUUCAGCGAUUACUACGCGUCGCUCGGCCCACCGAACCCGGACAACGUGCCCGAGGACGGUAAGCUCAAGUCGGAGAUGAUGAUCAAGGACAACCGGCGGUACUACCUGGACCUGAAGGAGAACGUACGGGGCCGGUUUCUGCGCGUGUCGCAGACGAUUACGCGGGGCGGUCCGCGCUCGCAGAUCGCGAUCCCGGCCCAGGGCAUGAUCGAGUUCCGCGACGCACUGACCGACCUGCUCGAGGAGUUCGGCACGAACGACGGUGGCUACAAGGGCGAGCUGCCCGAGGGGCGCCAUAUGCGGGUCGAUAACAAAAACUUCUACUUCGACAUCGGCCAGAACAGCCGGGGAAUAUAUAUGCGCGUGUCGGAGGUUAAAAGCAACUUCCGCACCGCGAUCACGGUGCCGGAAAAGUGCUGGCCACGGUUCCGCGACAUCCUCAACGAUUACUGUGACAAAAUGAAGAAAACGUCCGAGUCAACUACUUCUUCAAUCACUGCCGAUAAUACUUUACAAAAGCAAACAUCAAAUAAUAUGUAAAAAAAAAUUGCGUUACGAGAGAAGAAAAACACACACACACACACACAUAAUAUAAUACAAAAAUGAAGAGAAAAAAACGCGAUGGUGGUAAGCAGCGAAGGAGCGCGAUGGUAGCAAGAGCAUCCCAACUGGCGAAAAACACACACACAAAAGGCAGAAUCCGCAACACAAAACCAGAUUCAAACAUAAAAGCCGCAGUGGAGAGAAAAGAGAAAAGGUAAAAGAGAGAGAGAGAGAGUAAUAUAAAGCAAAACAAAACAAAUAAUAAUAAAGAUUAUAAUAAUGAUAAAGCGUAGAUCAAAUAGCGAGGAGAGCAGAUCAUGGAAAAAAUGGAUUAAAAAUCGAACACAAACAAACGGAGAAGAUAAAUAAUAAAAUGAGGUUGGUAAAAAACGCAUCCAGUUGGGAAUAUUUAGAGGAGUGAGUGGAGUGCAGCAGUUGUGGCUCGGAGCAACUUCAGUUAAAAUCUAGGACAAACGAAUUGGUUGGUUUGUAGUUUGAAGCUAAAUUGAAAAGGCAAAACAAAAAAAUGGUGGUGGUUGGAGGGUAGUUUUGUGUGGAAACGGCAGUUAAUAGCAAACAAGUGCAAAGGAAGCGCAUAUUAAAGCAAGCAAGCAAGUCGGAAGUAACUCAUGUGUGUGUGUGUGUAGUUGGAAAAUGGUCGAUCGAACACGUGACACGCACGAUGGCGGCGAGUAUCGGAUCUAGAGGAUGUGGUUGGCCCGGUUGGAAGAUAAUUAUCCUUCCCUCCCAUUACCGGUUUUCCGUUGUUCUUAGGCUUUUCGUUGUGUAAGGUUGUUUAUUUUUUUUGCCGUCUGUUACUUUGUUUAGUUUGUUUUUUUUUCUUUGUUUGUUUUAAUUUACUUACUUCUCAUGCUGUGCUUCUCACGCAACAACACCAUACGAGAGGUGCAGAUAGGCUAUAGUGUGCUGGGAAGGAGUGCUAUAAAAAAAUCCGCGCCUUUCUACAAGCGAAUGGGCGCGUGACAAGACGUGUCAUGUGAAAUCGUUUCCAACAAUUCCCUGAUGCUGAUGCCCAUCUGGCCAAGGCCCGUCAAGAAGACGGCUCAUCGCUCACAGUCUAACGGUAGCGAUUCGUUGAGAGGCUGCUGUUCAGUUGUGUGUAAAAAAGCAACGUAAAGCGCUAAAACGUUUAAACGAUCGAUACAUUAGCGUACGAAGCAAAGUACGAACCAUUUUAAAACCCCGCGCACAGUCCCCGCGAGCUCCCGUAAACGGGUGGGGCUGGCAAAGCGAGAAAAGCAAUGACAAACACAUAAUUCAGGGCUCGCCAAAAUGUUGGGCGAAGAAUGGAGCGGGGGGUGGGGGGGGGGUGAAGAAAACGGGAAACAACCCCCCCCCCCCCGUCCUACCACACCGCGGAUACGAUCGCGCGAAAAUUAACGAGACUAAUCAAGAAAAAGGGUCAGAUAAAAUCUGACCAUAUAUGGAUACGUUGACAGCGAAAAAGUGGAAAGAAAACUAUUCAAACAAACAAACAAACAAAAAGAAAGGUUAAAAUAAAUUGUUGUGUACUGCUAGUUUACGUUGUA